AUGAUGAACGGACAGAUGAAUGGUUUUCAUAACUCCCUCAUUGACGAGGACUGCUUUUUGUUCACGUCAGAGUCCGUCGGAGAAGGACACCCCGACAAAAUCUGUGACCAGAUAAGCGAUGCAGUUUUGGACGCCCAUCUGAAGCAGGAUCCAGAUGCCAAAGUUGCAUGUGAGACUGUUGCCAAGACUGGGAUGAUCCUAUUGGCAGGUGAGAUUACCUCACGGGCCACGGUGGAUUACCAGAAAAUUGUUCGUGACACCAUUCGUCAAAUUGGAUAUGACGACUCCUCCAAAGGAUUCGACUACAAGACCUGCAAUGUUCUUGUGGCCCUGGAACAGCAGUCUCCUGACAUUGCUCAGGGUGUUCACAUUGAUCGCAAUGAGGAGGACAUCGGAGCUGGGGAUCAGGGUUUGAUGUUUGGAUAUGCCACUGAUGAGACUGAGGAGUGCAUGCCUCUCACAAUCGUUCUUGCCCAUAAGCUGAAUGCCAAGAUGGCUGAACUGCGCCGCAAUGGCACUCUUCCAUGGCUCCGACCAGACUCAAAGACACAGGUUACUGUACAGUACCGCCAGGACCGCGGUGCCAUGCUGCCAGUGCGUGUGCACACUAUUGUCGUCUCUGUCCAGCACGAUGAGGAUAUUUGCUUGGAGGAGAUGAGAGAUGCUCUGAAGGAGAAGGUCAUCAAGGCGGUUGUUCCCUGCAUCUACUUGGAUGAUGACACCAUCUACCACCUGCAGCCCAGUGGUCGUUUUGUCAUUGGAGGCCCACAGGGAGAUGCUGGCCUCACCGGACGUAAGAUCAUUGUAGACACUUACGGAGGCUGGGGGGCCCAUGGUGGUGGAGCCUUCUCUGGGAAAGAUUACACAAAGGUGGAUCGCUCUGCUGCUUAUGCAGCACGUUGGGUGGCCAAGUCUCUGGUGAAAGCUGAGCUUUGCAGGAGGGUGCUGGUCCAGGUGUCGUAUGCCAUUGGAGUUGCCCAUCCCCUCUCGAUUUCUAUCUUCCACUAUGGGACAUCCCACAAGAGUGAGAGGGAGCUACUUGACAUCGUGAAGAAGAACUUUGAUCUCCGGCCUGGAGUCAUCGUCAGGGAUCUGGAUCUGAAGAAACCCUUGUAUCAGAGGACUGCAGCCUACGGCCACUUUGGCCGAGACUCCUUCCCUUGGGAGGUCCCCAAAAAACUCAAAUACUAAACCUGUUAAGCUUUUACCCCCAGGCUUGUUGGUGUAUACUACAGAGAAGCCUCCAAGGUUCCGGGGGUGAAAUGCCCUUAUCUCUCAUAUUGGUACCAUUUAACACAUUAACCCCUUUCCUCACUCCACCUCCCUCUUUUGUCUUGACUGUUUUUCUGCUGAUUGCAGUAUCGUGCUGGGUCCCAGGAGGCAUGCCUCAGAAACUUGAUGUUUUAAAGAACUAGAUGGGUUCCAUGAACUCAUGCACCGUAGUACUUACUGUUCUCCCAUGUCUUGAAGUCUCUCCCCCCCCCCGCUUCGUGUUGUGAUGCGCUGAGUAGCGGCGUUCAGUCCUCGUUUUUGGCAUUCCACACUCGUCACUAUGGUCAGUCUUCUAUCACUGUCAUGGUGGUAGCAUAAUAGGUUGUAUGUGAUAUUCCUCUUAAUUUACUGGUGCUACUAACGAGUCUGCAUGACAUCUAAAAGAGAAAAAUAAUUUCAAAGUGCUCUCAAGUGCAUAAUUUGGAGUCUUGUGAGCUGGCUCUGUCCCCCACAAAAAGCUUAGCUUCUCUCCAAACAUUACUCCUGUUGUCAGCCUGGUACGGUUGUUCCUUGACCCCCAGUGUUCAUUAUCCUUUGUUAACUUGUUUUCCCCUCAUCCUUGUGGAGGAUGCUAGAAUGGCACAAUUAAAAUUCAAGGGUUGUUGCUGUUUUCACUAUUUAAAAAAAUAAAUAAAAAAUGCUAUGCAUUGCAGGCUAAGGGGCAAGCCAAAUCCUAAUUAUUCAAGCUCUUAAAUGAGCAUUAGGCCUCAGACACCCCUACAGACCUUUGCUGUUUUCUGACGUAAUACAGAAAAGUCAGAAGCUGCUGUCACUGCUCUGGUCUGCAGAGGUUUUGGUUAUACUUGAAGGUUAUGGGAAAAAUUGAAUUGCUUAUGCAUUGAAAUUCAAUUUUAAACUAGUCAUUUAAAAAAAAAAACUAGUUUCACUUGCUUUUUUUGUAUGGUUUGAAGUGACCUAAAGACUCAAUUUCCCUCAAGUUUAUUGAUGGCAGGUGUAGCUACAGAGAAACCUGUUUCAUCUUUAUCCUUAGAGGGGUGUGUUCUUUGCCACAGUCUUAUUGGCUAGGAAUUAAACCUCAACACUAUUUAUUUGUUCUCUGAAACUCGGCGUGGAUACAGAGAAGCCGAAAUUUCAGAAGGCAGCUUUAAACAAACUUGGGUAUUAGGUCUUGACUUUCUUGUGACUUGGUCAUUUUGGUGUUUGGCUUGAGGCUCCAGAGUGUUGUACAGAAAAGCUUUGGACUGCCUCGGCAAGAAAGUGUCACUGGCUAAUUGUAAAUGACUAUUUUACAACCGUUUUUUUGUUUUGUUUGUUUUUUGAACUGCAGAACUUAUUUUUUUUUUUAGGCAGGUUAGUUAUUGAAAAUCCCAUUUUUAAAAUAUCUGGUGCAAUUAUUAUUUUUGGCUCUUGCCUAUCCCCGUUACUGUGAUGGCAACAUUUGGUUGGUGUAGUACAGAGAAACCAGCCUUGUUUACAUGUCCAUCUCGUGUGUGUGUGGGAUAGAAA